AUGGGACACCUGUGGCUCUUGAGGAACUGGGGCCUGUGGGGGCUGCUCCUGUGCGCCGUGGAGCCCCGAACAGGUAACCAGGACCGGGCACCAGGGAGGCAAGCAGGCGAGGUCCGCGUAGACACCACCCCUGCUCCUGGGGUCGCGGGACAAUCUGCCAUCUGCCCUGGGCUGACGCCGCGGCUGGAGCUUCAUGAUGGCUCUAAAAUAAUCCCCAAGAUCUCAGGAAUAUUCCCUAAAUAUGGUAGCAUAAAUGGAGCAACAAGGCUGACUAUCAAAGGAGAAGGUUUUGCUCAAGCAAACCAGUUUAACUAUGGAGUUGAUAAUGCUGAGUUGGGAAACAGUGUGCAAUUAGUUUCUACUUUCCGAUCAAUUUCUUGUGAUGUAGAAAAAGAUGCAAGUCAUUCAACUCAAAUUACCUGCUAUACUAGAGCAAUGCCAGAAGAUUCCUACACUGUUAGAGUCAGUGUGGAUGGGGUUCCUAUUACAGAAAAUAAUACCUGCAAAGGGCACAUCAACAGCUGGGCCUGCAGCUUCAAUGCAAAAAGCUUCAGAACCCCAACAAUAAGGAGCAUCACACCUUUAUCUGGAACUCCAGGUACAUUAAUAACAAUCCAAGGCAGAAUCUUCACUGAUGUCUAUGGAAGUAACACUGCACUAAGCUCAAAUGGGAAAAAUGUUAGGAUUUUAAGAGUAUAUAUUGGAGGAAUGCCCUGUGAGCUUCUCAUACCACAAUCUGAUAAUUUGUAUGGUCUAAAAUUGGACCAUCCAAAUGGAGAUGUGGGUUCCAUGAUUUGUAAAAUGACUGGAACUUAUAUUGGUCAUCACAAUGUCAGCUUCAUCUUAGAUAGUGAUUUUGGAAGGAGUUUCCCACAGAAAAUGACGUAUUUUGUUUCUUCUCUCAAUAAAAUUUCAAUGUUUCAAUCUUAUGCAGAGGUCACUAGAAUUUCACCUUCACAAGGAAGUGUUCAAGGUGGCACCAGGCUAACAAUAAGAGGACGGUUCUUUGAUAAAACAGAUUUGCCAACCAGAGUUCUAGUUGGAGGUCAGGACUGUGAUAUUUUGAAUGUCACAGAAAAUACUAUAUGCUGCAAGACACCACCCAGACCUCAUAGUCUCAGAACUGUAUAUCCAGGUGGGAGAGGCUUGAAGCUUGAGGUAUGGAAUAAUAGCCGGCCGGUACAUCUUGAAGAGAUACUUGAAUUCAAUGAAAAUACCCCAGGAUACCUGGGUGCCAGCUGGGUAGAUUCAGCUUCCUAUAUUUGGCCCAUGGAACAAGACAUGUUUGUUGCACGCUUCAGUGGAUUUCUGGUGGCUCCAGAUUCUGAUGUUUAUAGGUUCUACAUCAAAGGUGAUGACCGUUAUGCUAUUUAUUUCAGCCAGACUGGACUUCCAGGAGAUAAGGUGAGGAUUGCAUAUCAUUCUGCAAAUGCCAACAGUUAUUUUUCCAGUCCAACACAAGGAUCAGAUGAUAUUCACCUUCAGAAAGGAAAAGAAUAUUACAUUGAAAUUUUGCUGCAGGAGUAUAGACUAAGUGCUUUUGUUGAUGUUGGACUCUACCAGUAUAAAAAUAUCUAUACUGAACAACAAACAGGAGAUGCAAUAAAUGAAGAACAAGUUAUCAAAUCCCAGACUACAAUCAUCCAGGAAGUACAGGUUAUAACAUUGGAAAACUGGGAAACAACUAAUGCAACUAACGAAGUUCAGAAGAUUGUGGUAACCAGCCCAUGUGUAAAAGCUAAUUCAUGUUCACUUUACCAAUAUAGAUUAAUCUAUAACAUGGAGAAAACUGUCUUGCUACCUGCUGAUGCUUCCGACUUCAUACUACAAUCGGCCUUGAAUGACCUCUGGUCUAUAAAACCAGAUACAGUUCAAGUAACAAGAACACAAAAGUCCCAGAGCUAUACUUACGCUAUAACCUUUAUAUCAGCAAGAGGAGACUUUGAUCUACUUGAUUUUGAAGUUUUCGAAGGCAGUAAUAUCACACUGGAUAUUACAGAGCAAACCAAAGGAAAGCCCAGUUUGGAGACAUUCACACUGAGUUGGGAUGGGAUUGCUUCUCCACCUCUUACCCCAUCGUCAUCAGAAGCUGAGUUUCAGGCAGCAGUGGAAGAAAUGGUUAGCGCCAAGUGUCCCCCACAAAUUGCAAAUUUUGAAGAAGGAUUUAUUGUGAAAUACUUCAGAGAUUAUGAAACUGAUUUUAACCUGGAACACUUUAAUAGAGGGCAGAAGACAGCCGAAACUGAUGCUUACUGUGGUCGUUAUUCCCUGAAAAACCCAGCUGUUCUUUUUGACUCUGCAGAUGUUAAACCAAACAAAAUACCAUAUGGAGACAUUUCAUUAUUUCCUUAUAAUCAGCUGUGUUUAGCAUACAAAGGAUUCCUGGCAAAUCAUAUUGGUCUAAAAUUCCAGUACCAAGACAAUAGCAAGACUACUCGAAGCACUGUUGUACAAUUUCCAUUUGACUUCACUUAUGGAGACAACUGGACCUACACAUGCAUAGAUCUUCUGGACCUCAUACAAAUGAAAUAUGCUGGGACAAAUUUUUCUCUUCAAAGGAUUAGUUUAUGGAAAGCAUCAGAAUCACAGUCCUUCUAUGUAGACACGGUGUACAUUGGACAAACAUCUACAAUCUCAGUAUUAAAUGAAAUGCCAAAGAGAAGACCUCCAGCAUUAGCAAGUAAAGGAAUAUUUUUAAAGCACUUUCAAGUGAAUCAGGCCAAAAUAAAUGGAUCAGUUUUGACCAACCAAUAUUCUGUCACCAUGGCUGCAUAUAAUUGUAGUUAUAAUAUACCCAUGAUGACUGUGAGCUUUGGGCAGAUAAUCACAAAUGAGACAGAGGAUGAAUCUGUUUACAGAGGAAAUAAUUGGCCAGGAAAGUCACAGAUUCGUAUUCAAAGAAUGCAAGCAGCCUCUCCACCUCUUCGUGGCAGCUUUGACAUUCAGGCUUAUGGACAUAUUCUCAAAGGUUUCCCUGCAGCUGUGUCAGCUGCAGAUUUACAGUUUGCUCUCCAGAGUCUUGAAGAAGUGGGACAAGUUUCAGUGACUCGAGAGGGAACCUGUGCUGGGUACUCAUGGAACAUCAAGUGGAGAAGCCCAUGUGGAAAGCAGAAUCUUCUACAGAUUAAUGAUUCCAACAUUAUUGGACAAAAUGCUAAUAUGACAGUUACGAAAAUGAAGGAAGGUGGCUUAUUCAGACAACGCAUACUUGGAGACCUACUUCGUACACCCAGCCAGCAGCCACAGGUUGAAGUCUAUGUCAAUGGAAUUCCAGCUAAAUGUUCAGGUGACUGUGCAUUUGUGUGGGAUCCCAUGACUACACCCCUUGUCUUGGCCACAAGCCCUUCUCAAGGGUCCUAUAAAGAAAGUACCAUUCUAACAAUAUCAGGCUCUGGAUUUUCUCCUAGUUCAACUAUUUCAGUCUCAGUUGGACCAGUAGGUUGCUCUGUUCUUUCUGUGAUUGAAAAUGAGAUCAAGUGCCAGAUUCUGAAUGGAAGUGCUGGACACUUCCCGGUUGCUGUGUCCAUAGCUGAUGUGGGGCUAGCCCAGAAUGUCGGGGGUGAGGUGUUCUACUUCACCUAUCAGAGCCAAAUCUCGCACAUCAGGCCUGUUUCUGGAAGCCUAGCAGGCGGUACUCUACUGACUGUGUCUGGAUUUGGCUUUAAUGAAAAUUCAGAAGUAUUAGUUGGAAAUGAAACCUGCAAUGUGCUUGAAGGGAAUUUCAAUAUGAUAACCUGCAGAACACCAAAAAGAAUUGGGGGUACCGUUGAUAUUUCAGUUAUUACCAAUGGAUUUCAAGCCAUGGAAAAUGAUGCUUUUAGUUAUAACUGUUUACAGACUCCAGUUAUAACUGAUUUUAAUCCAAAAGUUCGGACAAUACAAGGAGACAUUAAUUUAACAUUAAAAGGCUAUAACUUUGGAAGUGAACUCACACAAAUCAUGGUAUAUGUUGGAGGGAAAACCUGCCAGGUUCUUCACUGGAACUUCACAGAUAUUAGAUGCCAUUUGCCCACGUUGUUUCCUGGAAGACAUGACAUCUAUGUGGAAGUCAGAAACUGGGGUUUUGCAUCAACGAGAGACAAGUUAAAUGCUUCAAUACAGUAUGUUUUGGAAGUAACUAACAUGUUUCCACCGAGAGGGUCUUUAUAUGGUGGCACCGAAAUCACUGUAAUGGGCUUUGGGUUCAGCAGGAUACCAGCUGAGAACACUGUUCUCAUAGGGUCCUUCCCUUGCAAUGUGACUUCGUCUUCAGAAAGUGUCAUAAGGUGUAUUCUCCAUUCAACAGGGAAUAUAUUCAGGGUUACCAAUAAUGGGAAAGAUUCAGUCUAUGGAUUUGGUUAUGCCUGGUCCCCAUCGGUCUUAAAUGUGUCUGUGGGUGACACAGUGACAUGGCAUUGGCAAGCACUUCCAUAUCUUAGGGGAAUAGGAUAUAGAGUUUUCUCUGUCUCCAGUCCUGGAAGUGUACUUUAUGAUGGCAAAGGAUUUACGAGUGGAAGACAAAAAUCUGCAUCUGGUUCAUUUUCUUACCAAUUUACUUCACCUGGAAUCCAUUAUUAUAGCAGCGGGUAUGUGGAUGAUGCUCACUCCCUUUUUCUCCAAGGAGUCAUUCAUGUUUCACCAGCUGAAACCAAGCACUUUCCCCUGCACCUGUUUGUGGGUGGCACUGAAGCCACAUAUGCUCAGGGAGAACCUGAGAAUUUGCACUUGGGAAGCUCUGCAGCAGGCUGCCUAGCAACAGAACCCCUGUGUGGCCUGAACAAUACUGGAGUAAAAAAUUCAAAUACAUUGCUCUUUGAGCUUUCUAGUUGUUUUUCACCAUCCAUAAGCAACAUUAGUCCAUCCACUGGAACAGUAAAUGAAUUGAUAACAAUUACAGGACAUGGCUUCAGUAAUCUCACAUGUGCUAAUAAGGUUACAGUCGGUAGCUACCCCUGUGUUGUGGAAGAAAGUAGUGAAAAUCGCAUUUUGUGUCAUAUUGACCCUCAAAACUCAAUGGAUGUUGGCAUCAGGGAAAUUGUCACAGUAACUGUCUACAACCUGGGCUUUGCUGUUAACACACUGGCCCAAGAAUUUGAUAGGAGAUUUGUGCUUUUGCCAAACAUCGACAUGGUGUUGCCAAAUGCAGGAUCAACUACAGGAAUGACAAGAGUGACUAUAAAAGGCUCUGGAUUUGCAGCUUCUUCUGCUAGUGUAGAAGUCCUCAUGGGUCAUUUUUCAUGUAAAGUUCUAUUCGUGAACUAUACAGCCAUUGAAUGUGAAACUUCCCCUGCUCCCCAACAGCUUGUGGACAUGGAUCUCCUCAUCCAUGGUGUGCCUGCCCAGUGUCAGGGGAACUGCAGUUUCUCAUAUUUAGACAGACUCACUCCUUUUAUAACACGCAUCUCCCCAAACUUUAUCAAAGGAUCUGUAGAAGUUUCUAUCGACGGAGAAGGUUUUGGGACGAUCUUGGAGGACAUUGCUGUUUUCAGUGGAAAUCAACGGUUCAGAGCAGUAGAUAUUAAUGACAACAAUAUCACUGUUCUUGUGACUCCUCUCCCGGCUGGACUUCAUUCUCUCAGUGUCGUGGUGGGAGCUAAAGGCUUGGCUCUGGGAAACCUUACCAUCAGCAGCCCUGCCGUUGCGUGGGUCUCACCAGCUUCUGGGAGCAUUGGAGGUGGAACCACUUUGGUGAUCACAGGAAAUGGCUUCGACCCAGGCAGCACUGUAGUUUUGGUUGGUGAUGACCCUUGUGAGAUUAUUUCUGUCAACUCCAGUGCAGUCUAUUGCCGCAGCCCAGCAGGGACAGCUGGAAUGGUCGAUGUGAAGAUCUUUGUUGAUGCAGUUGCUUACCCACCUCUCUCAUUUACAUAUGCCCUGGAGGAUACUCCAUUUCUAAGAAGAAUUGUCCCAAGUAGAGGUCCACCAGGAACUGAAAUUCAGAUAACUGGAUCUAAUUUUGGUAUUGAUACCUUGGAAAUUUCAGUGAUGAUCAGUAACGUUCAGUGUAACGUAACCAUGGUCAAUGACAGUGUGUUGCAGUGUGUCGUCGGAGAUCAUGCUGGUGGCACUUUUCCGAUUACAAUGCAACAUAUGACAAAGGGCUCUGCUGUGUCCACAGUUGUUUUUGAGUACCCACUUACUGUUCAAAAUAUUCAUCCAAGCCAAGGGAGCUUUGGUGGUGGUCAAAACAUGACUGUGACAGGCACCGGGUUUAACCCACAAAGUUCAAUUAUUUUAGUGUGUGGCUCAGAAUGUGAAAUCGACAGGCUUAGAUCUGAUUACAAAACCUUGUUAUGUAAAAUUCCACCUAAUAAUGGCAGGGGUCCCGAGCAAGUCUGUGAAGUGAGUGUGGUCAACGGGAAGGAUUUGUCACAGUCGACAGCUCCGUUUACUUACGCUAUGUCCCUGACUCCGCUCAUCACUGAAAUUACUCCCAGGAGAGGCAGUACAGCAGGGGGCACCAGACUUACAGUCAUGGGAUCAGGAUUCAGUGAAAAUACACAGGAUAUUCACAUCACCAUAGCUGAAGCCAAAUGUGAUGUUGACUAUUCCAACAAGACACAUAUCAUCUGCAUGACAAAUGCCCAUGCUUCUUCCGGGUGGGCUCCAGUUUAUGUAAACAUCAGAAACAUCGGCAUGGCCAAACUGGAUAAUGCUGACUUCCUUUAUGUUGAUGCUUGGUCCUCCAGCUUUUCGUGGGGAGGAAAAGCUCCGCCAGAGGAAGGGUCGCUUGUUGUUAUUACAAAUGGACAGACAAUUUUACUGGAUCAAAGUACCCCUAUUCUGAAAAUGUUGCUUAUUCAGGGUGGAACUCUAAUAUUUGAUGAUGCUGACAUUGAACUCCAGGCAGAAAAUAUUCUGAUAACAGAUGGAGGCAGUUUUCAGGUUGGGACAGAAGCAUCCCCAUUUCAGCACAAGGCGGUCAUAACCUUGCAUGGGCACCUGCGAUCUCCUGAGCUCCCUAUCUAUGGGGCCAAAACCCUGGCCGUGCGAGAGGGGACCCUUGAGCUGCAUGGUCUGCCUAUUCCUGUGAUCUGGACUCGUUUGGCUCAUACUGCAGAGGCAGGGGAAAGGACUCUGAUUCUACAAGAAGCUGUUACAUGGAAAGCAGGAGAUGACAUUGUAAUCGCAAGCACAGGACACAGAAACAGUCAACAAGAGAAUGAAAAAAGGACAAUUGCAUCUGUAUCUGCUGAUGGCAUAAACAUAACAUUAACUAAACCACUGAAUUUCACACACUUGGGAAUCACUGUCACACUCCCUGAUGGAACUAUGUUUGAAGCAAGAGCAGAAGUUGGAAUUCUUACAAGAAAUAUCUUAAUAAGAGGAUCUGGUAAUGUAGAGUGGAAUAACAAAAUCCCAGCAUGUCCUGAUGGAUUUGAUACAGGUGAAUUUGCUACACAGACAUGUCUCCAAGGAAAGUUUGGAGAAGAAAUAGGAAGUGACCAGUUUGGAGGCUGCAUUAUGUUUCAUGCUCCUGUACCUGGUGCUAAUAUGGUAAAUGGAAGAAUAGCAUAUGUAGAGGUAUUCCAUGCUGGUCAGGCUUUCCGGUUGGGGCGCUAUCCAAUACAUUGGCAUCUCCUGGGAGAUUUGCAAUUUAAGUCUUAUGUAAGAGGCUGUGCAAUUCACCAGGCCUAUAACAGAGCUGUCACUAUCCAUAACACACAUCAUCUUCUUGUUGAGAGGAAUAUUAUCUAUGAUAUCAAGGGAGGAGCAUUUUUUAUAGAAGAUGGUAUUGAACACGGCAACAUCCUGCAGUAUAACUUGGCAAUAUUUGUACAGCAAAGUACUAGUCUUCUGAGUGAUGAUGUGACCCCAGCUGCAUUUUGGGUAACGAACCCGAACAACACCAUACGGCAUAACGCGGUUGCUGGUGGCACUCACUUUGGCUUUUGGUACCGAAUGAACAACCACCCCGAUGGGCCAUCCUUUGAUAGAAACAUCUGCCAAAAAAAAGUUCCUCUUGGGGAAUUCUUUAACAACACUGUUCAUUCUCAAGGUUGGUUUGGACUGUGGAUAUUUGAAGAAUAUUUCCCCAUGCAAACAGGAUCUUGUACAUCUACAGUGCCAGUGCCUGCAAUAUUUGAUUCACUUACUACUUGGAAUUGUCAAAAAGGAGCUGAGUGGGUCAAUGGAGGUGCCCUUCAGUUCCAUAACUUUGUGAUGGUAAAUAAUUUUGAGGCUGGAAUCGAGACCAAGAGGAUCCUGGCUCCAUAUGUUGGCGGAUGGGGUGAAACCAAUGGAGCUGUGAUUAAAAAUGCCAAAAUAGUUGGUCAUCUCGAUGAACUGGGGAUGGGGUCUGCAUUUUGCACAAUGAAGGGGCUGGUUCUCCCAUUCAGUGAAGGCUUGACUGUAUCUUCCUUAAACUUUAUGAAUUUUGACCGUCCCAACUGUGUAGCUUUGGGAGUGACAUCCAUCACUGGAGUUUGCAAUGACAGAUGUGGAGGCUGGAGUGCAAAAUUUGUCGACAUUAAGUAUUUUCACACAACAAAUAAAGCUGGCUUUCGAUGGGAACAUGAAGUGGUACUGAUUGAUGUCGAUGGUUCACUUACAGGAUGCGAAGGACACACCGUCAUCCCACACAGCUCAUUGCUGGACCCUUCGCAUUGCACCCAGGAAGCCGAGUGGAGCCUUGGGUUCCCGGGGUCUGUCUGUGACUCCUCAGUCAGCUUUCACCGUUUGGCGUUCAACAAACCUUCGCCAGUGUCUCUGCUGGAAAAGGAUGUGGUUCUCUCAGACUCUUUUGGCAUAAGCAUUGUUCCCUUUCAGAAGAAACGACUGACUCAUAUGUCAGGAUGGAUGGCUCUGAUUCCAAAUGCAAAUCACAUUAAUUGGUAUUUUAAAGGUAUAGAUCACAUAACUAACAUAUCAUAUACAUCAACAUUCUAUGGAUUUAAGGAAGAAGACUAUGUGAUCAUAUCUCAUAACUUCACUCAAAAUCCUGAUAUGUUUAAUAUUAUUGAUAAGAGGAAUGGCUCUUCAAACCCAUUAAAUUGGAAUACUAGCAAGAAUGGAGACUGGCACCUUGAAGCAAACUCUAGUACUCUGUAUUACUUGGUGUCAGGAAGAAAUGACCUCCCACAGGGCCAGCCUGUUUCGGGGAUGCUGGAUCCUGAUGUGAAAGAUGUUACAAUUAACUUCCAAGCUUACUGUUGUGUUCUCCAGGACUGCUUUCCCGUACAUCCUCCAACAAGAAAACCAAUGCCCAGGAAGCGACCAGCUACAUACAACUUAUGGUCAAAUGAUUCUUUUUGGCAAUCAUCUCAAGAAAAUAAUUAUACCGUACCUCACCCAGGAGCAAAUGUGGUUAUACCUGAAGGAACAUGGAUUGUAGCAGACACAGAUAUUCCACCAAUGGAAAGGCUCAUUAUUUGGGGGGUUCUGGAACUGGAAGAUAAAUAUAAUGUGGGAGCUGAAGAGUCUUCUUAUAGAAAAGUUGUUUUGAGUGCUACCUACGUAUCACUGCAGGGAGGUAGAUUAAUUGCUGGCUGGGAAGAUAAUCCUUUUAAAGGAGAAUUACAGAUUGUACUUAGAGGAAAUCAUUCUACUCCAGAUUGGGCUCUUCCAGAAGGACCAAAUCAAGGAUCAAAGGUGAUAGGGGUGUUUGGUGAUCUGGAUCUUCAUGGAAUUCCACAUUCAAUAUAUAAAACUAAGCUCUCAGAAACCGCAGAGGCAGGUUCCAAAGUCCUAUCUCUCAUGGAUGCUGUGGAUUGGCAGGAGGGAGAAGAAAUUGUGAUCACAACCACAAGCUAUGAUUUCCACCAGACAGAAACUAGAAGUAUCACAAAAUCCUGCAUGGUUCGCAAAAUUCUUAUUCUCAAUGAUACCCUUUCCUACACUCACCUUGCUGAAAGCUACCAUGUCCCUGACACAGGUCAGAGCUACACAUUAGCAGCUGAUGUUGGGAUACUGAGUAGGAACAUCAAAAUAGUUGGUGAAGAUUAUCCAGGUUGGUUCAAGGAAUCUUUUGGUGCACGAGUCCUGGUCAGCUCAUUCACUGAAAAUAUGAUGACAUUUAAAGGAAAUGCAAGAAUAAGUAAUGUUGAAUUUUAUCAUAGUGGUCACGAAGGCUACAGGGAUAGCACAGAACUCGAGAUAUGCUGUUUACAUUUCUUAACCUAGGACAAGAUUCAAGGACAUGAUUCAUCUUAUAUUCGAGGCUGUGCUUUUCACAAUGGCUUUUCCCCAGCAAUUGGUGUGUUUGGGACAGAUAGAUUGGACAUAGAUGACAACAUCAUUCACUUUACAGUGGGAGAAGGCAUAAGAAUAUGGGGGGAUAACAACCGAGUCCGAGGAAAUUUGGUUGUGCUUUCGAUUUGGCCAGGAACCUAUCAGAACAGAAAAGAUUUAAGUUUAACUCUCUGGCAUGCAGCAAUUGAGAUAAAUAGAGGGACUAAUACAGUCUUACAAAAUAAUGUAGUUGCUGGAUUUGGAAGGGCGGGAUACCGCAUUGAUGGCGAACCUUGCUCAAGUCUAUCUAAUCCCUCAGGAAGGUGGACUGACAAUGAAGCCCAUGGAGGUUUAUAUGGUGUCUAUAUGAACCAAGACGGCCUUCCUGGAUGUUCUCUUAUACAGGGAUUUACCAUUUGGACAUGCUGGGAUUAUGGAAUUUAUUUUCAGACCACAGAGAGUGUGCACAUCUAUAACGUGACCCUGGUUGACAAUGGGAUGGCCAUUUUUUCAAUGAUUUACACACCAGCUGCUAUAUCUCACAAAAUUUCCAGUAAAACAGUGCAAGUUAAGAGCUCAUUAAUUGUUGGAAGUAGCCCUGAAUUUAAUUGCUCUGAUGUCCUAACUAAUGAUGAUCCCAAUAUUGAACUUACUGUUGCCCAUCGGAGUUCUAGACCUCCAUCAGGUGGGAGAAGUGGGAUUUGCUGGCCUACGUUUGCUUCCGCACAUAACAUGGCACCCAGGAAACCCCAUGCAGGGAUCAUGAGUUACAAUGCCAUCACUGGCCGUUUGGAUGUCACAGGUUCAACCUUUGUUGGAUUUAAGAAUGUUUGUUCAGGUGAAACUAAUGUAAUAUUCAUUACUAACCCUUUAAAUGAAGAUUUACAGCAUCCAAUCCAUGUGAAGAACAUACAGCUGGUUGAUACUAUUGAACAAUCAAAAAUAUAUAUACAUAGGCCUGAUAUAAGUAAGGUGAAUCCCUCUGAUUGUGUAGAUAUGGUGUGUGAUGCCAAAAGAAAAUCUUUUCUUAGAGACAUAGAUGGCUCCUUUCUAGGGAGUUCAGGUUCAGUGAUACCUCAAGCAGAAUAUGAAUGGGAUGGAAACAGCCAACUUGGAAUUGGAGACUAUAGAAUUCCUAAGGUGAUGCUCACAUUCCCAAAUGGAAGUAGAAUUCCUACAACUGAGAAAGCACCUUACAAAGGAAUUAUUAGAGACUCAACCUGUAAAUACAUUCCAGAGUGGCAGAGCUAUCAGUGCUUUGGGAUGGAAUAUGCAAUGAUGGUUAUUGAAAGCUUGGAUUCUGACAAAGAAACACGAAGACUUUCACCAGUGGCUGUAGUGAGCAACGGUUAUGUUGAUCUCAUUAAUGGCCCACAAGAUCAUGGCUGGUGUGCUGGUUACACUUGCCAGAGAAGACUGUCCCUGUUUCAUAGUAUUGUGGCUCUGAACAAAUCUUAUGAAAUUUACUUCACUGGCACCAGUCCUCAGAAUCUUCAACUGAUGUUGCUUAAUGUUGACUAUAAGAAGGCUGUCCGAGUAGGAAUUUUUUUUUCCACACUUCAGCGUUUGGAUGUUUAUGUGAACAAUUCAUUGGUCUGUCCCAAAAAUACAAUAUGGAACCCCCAGCAGAAACAUUGUGAACUUAAUAGGCAUCUCUACAAAGAGGAAUACCUUCCUAACCUGAAUUCUGCUGUCCUUGGUGAAAACUACUUUGAUAGAACCUACCAGAUACUUUACCUUUUGGUUAAAGGAACUGUACCUGUUGAAGUCCAUACCACUGCGGUCAUAUUUGUUGCUUUCCAAUUACCUGCUGUAACAGAAGAUGACUUUUAUAGUUCCCAUAAUCUGGUUAGAAAUCUUGCCUUGUUCCUAAAGAUACCAAGUGACAAGAUCCGUAUCAGCAAAAUAAUACGAGGGAAUAAUUCACGGAGGAAGAGAUCCAUGGGACACACAAUUGAACUGGAAAUUGGAGAGCCUCCCACUCAGUCCGUAAGCAAUGACAAUGCAGGUCAGAUGCAAUUAUCUGAACUUCAUGAAAUUGCUGGUUCUCUUGGUCAAGCUGUAAUCUUAGGGAAAAUCAGUAGUGUCCUUGGAUUUAAUAUCUCCACCAUGUCUAUUACCAGUCCUAUUCCCAAUCCAAGUGAUUCUGGUUGGAUUAAGGUGACUGCCCAACCAGUUGAAAGGUCUGCAUUUCCUGUCCAUCAUGUGGCAUUUGUGUCCUCACUCUCAGUGAUUGCUCAACCAGUGGCAGCACAGCCAGGACAGCCAUUUUCCCAGCAGCCUUCAGUAAAGGCAUUAGAUUCAGAUGGUAAUUGUGUAUCAGUUGGGAUUACUUCAUUAACUUUGAAGGCUGUACUAAAGGACUCCAAUAAUAACCAAAUUGGUGGUCUUAGUGGAAAUACAACAAUUCCAUUUAGCAGCUGUUGGGCCAACUAUACAGAUCUUACUCUUCUUAGAACUGGAAGAAAUUAUAAAAUUGAAUUUAUACUGGACAAUGUUGUUCGGGUGGAGUCCAGGACUUUCAGUCUCCCAGUGCAGUCCGCUUCUAGCAGCAGCAAUGGUGGCAGCAGCAGCAGUAGUAGCAGUAGCAACAGCAAAGCAUCAACUGUGGGUACAGCUGCCCAGAUGAUGACUAUAGUAAUUAUCUUCCUGAUAGGAAGAAUCUUGCUCUUGGAAAUAUUUACAGCUGCAGUUUUGAUUUUGAAUGUUACAAAAGGAAGCAACUGAAGUGUUUUUCUGAAGAACAUGCUGAAAACAAAUAUAGAAGAAUUGCUAAUUUAUGAGCUAUUUUUGUUGCGUAACAAGAAAAAGUCUAUAACAUUUUCAAGCAAAUAUACU